CUUGUUACAUAAGCACUCAGGCGUCCGUCAUUGAAAAUGAAAUGUAGUUCUUUUUUUUAACUGAAAAUUAGCAUAAGAUGUAUUCUUACGCGUUACGCGUUCCACAAGAAGUCCUAGAAGUGGGAUUCGUUUUGAAAUGAUUUGAAACAAUGUGAUAGUUUUCUGAACUUUUAUUUUCGACGGGAAAAAGUUUCAUCUGUUUCUAAAAUUCAUCAUUUCAAUGGACCGUCCCAUUUACAUUUCUUUAAUUAACAAACAUUUAUUAACAAUGUGUGCUCGAUUAUUUCUGGUUUUGUGUUUAAUACAGGGAUUUAGCAGCGCAGUGCAAACAUACUCAGAACUUCUUUAUCCAGUUCCCAGACACAAGUUGCAGACUUUGGGGAAUCCCGUACCCGACCUCACAGCUGCAAGUUUGAAAUGCUCUAAGGAUGUAAAGUGUGGAUACUGUGGUCCACUAGGGCUAAUAAGAACAGACAACCCACCUUUUACUCCAUAUUUGGAGGGAAGUGAAAUUAAGUUAUCAACCUUAAUAAAUGACGUUACAUAUGGCACGGUUCAAGUAUCUCUCUGUGUUCGUAAUGAUUCAUCAAAAGAUGAAAACGAGGCCUGUGUCCAUGAUGUACAACUUUACUUUCCGGAAGUGGAAUCAUUUACGUUUCCAAUAUCAUCCUCUGGUGAAAAAUCGAUUAGCAUUCUCCUUCCACGUGGAUUGUCAUGUCAACAUUGUAUUCUGAGAUGGAGCCUAACGGAAAGAGACCCAACGUGCUCAGGAUGUGAACUUACAACAAUAAACUGCGCAGAUGUAGUUAUAGAUCCCACCGCACAUAGGAGAACCAAACGCCAAGCUGCAAAAAAACCAAAAAAGAAAUCCAAAAAGAAAAAAGGUCUAGUGCCUCUUCUCCCGCCACCCACCCCAAGGACUCCUACAACGAGUCAAGGAACUUCCCCAGCCCCUACCCGAUACACCACAAGAGGAAAUACCUUUUUGGAAAUGAUUAAAAUGAUGCAACUAAAAAACAAACAACAAGCGACUAGCGUAAGAGACAAAAAUCUCAAUGUAAUGAAAAAUACUCGACCACCACCAAAUCAUUUUGCAUCGAAUCCUCUUUAUGUAUCCCCUGUGCCUAACAAAACAGUCAGAAAAGUUCAGGGCCACACAAUUCCAAAAUCCAAAACUGCAAGGAAUUCUCAAAGGAUUCCUCCCACAGCCAGUCCUGUAGUUGCGUACAAAAAGGUGAGAAAUGUUCCGAAAGAAACCAACACUCUAUUUAAAAAAGAAUGGCAACAUCAGUCCGGUUAUUCUUCUGGUAUGAAUGCGCUAGAAAAGCCUGCAGAAAGUUAUGAAAGUGGAGUUAUUAGGAAAACUGCUCCUUCAAAUGCUUUUCUUGAUGCAAUUCGGCGUUUUAAGAAGAAAAAAAUGGGUUUAGAUGAAUUGAUACAGGUCAAUAAACCACAACUAGGAGAAUUCCACGGUAACGUGGAAGUUACCCGGAUUAAGAAAAUAGAAAAACCUCAAGACCAAAUGUCCUCUGUCAAUACCCUUUUUGAAAAAGAGAGUAAGUUCAAGGAACCACAACUCUCGAAAUAUGAUAUUUUCGAGAAAAUUCCUAAAACACAAACAACCUCUACAACUAGGACUACUAUACAGACCACGAAAGCGCCUAUCACAGUUCGCAAAAUUUCUUCAACAAUACGACCUAAGAAAGCUGGCGUCCGAAAUUUGGCGAAGAAUACGUUUUUGGAAGCUAUAAUGAAGAUGAAAGGAGUGCCUCCCAAAAUGCCUUCAUCACAAGUAAAAUCUAAGGUUAUCCCUUCUAAAACACAGAAAUCAAUGACUACCCAGCGUGUCACUAAAAAAUUAACAACGACAAAAGCUCCUACAACAGCAGUCACGAAGGUCACCACAAUACCCGUAAACAGUCUUCCAAGGCAGACAAAACCACAGGCUAAGAACGAUUCUUUUAUGGAAGCUAUUAAACGUCUUCAGAGUCAACGAGAAAACAUUCUCAAUCAAAGACAGCCACAAGUUAAUGCUCUGUCAAGUACACAAACUACAGUAAAAGAGUCAACAGCAACUGCAACUCGCACUUUAGCUCCCUCAACAUCUACAACAAAAGCAACGACCAAGGUAUCGACAAAGAAAAGCAAUGGACUUUUACCAGCGUGGGGACCAUGGGAAAGAACAUCAAAGACUACCAAAUCUACCACCACCUCUACCUCUAGGUCAACAACACUAACAUCUACUAAAACCUCCAAAACAACCUCAAUGCCAAGUACAUUCUAUACUUCCCCAAAUAGUAGUAGGCGUAGAACAACAAUGGAAGAAACAGAUUCUAUUUAUCAAUUCACACAAAUCCAAACCACUGCAAUACCUCUAAUAGAAGACAAUCCGUUCAUACAUUAUUUCGUUAUCCUUCCUCCAAUGGAUAAAGAUAAAAAGAGCACAAUAAACGAAACACCUUCCACAGUCGACACGACCCCAAUAGUAAAUAGUACAACAGGAGAAGGGCUAACAUCGAGUACACAACAAACUACAUCAACACUAUCAGGGGGCCUCUUGGAACUUGCUUCCAUUGAUAAAACCAAGACUACUUCAGUUGCACCAUCAACGUAUUUGAUAUCGAAGGCUAUAAAUAUAGAUUCAACCUUUGAAACUAGUUCACGAAGUUCAAAAGACACUGAAAUGUAUUCAUCGAAUGCUAUAAAUAUAGACUCAACCUUUGAAACUAGUUCACGAAGUUCAAAAGACACUGAAAUGUAUUCAUCGAAGGCUAUAAAUAUAGACUCAACCAUUGAAACUAGUUCACGAAGUUCAAAAGACACUGAAAUGUAUUCUUCUCCAUCCACAUCCUUAAAUCCUAUGGUAACUUCAACUCAAAUGAAGACUACCUUGACCUCUGGAUUGCUUCCACAGAGUUCUCUCAAAGUAAAGAAACUGACAUCGUCAGCGGGAAUUUUACCUUUGAGAAAAAACAAAGAACAAUUAAAAACUACAAUCAAAAGUCCCAUCACCUAUACACGAGGAAACGAAACUCUGAAACAAUCUGAGGCUAAAAAUACACCAGUAUCAGUAACAAAAACUUCAAAAUUAAUAAGUGCAACACAAAACAAAAAAACAACAAUACCAAUGGGUAUUGAUGUAUCUAUUUCUUCUCAAUUACCCCCAAAAACUACACUUGAUGAAAAGUCAGCCUUAGCAUUUAAAGAAUUGUUUAAACCAGAAGAGUUCAAAAAGAUUCGAAAAGAGAAUUCUCUUCUUCCAAAGUCUAAAUCUGCUGCUACAACAGUGGAUAGAAGCGGUACCUCUGAACCAACAGGAAAGAGAGGCAUCAUAUCAAAAGUACAGGCUUUUGGAUCAUCUUUUGAUACCCAAAGUACACUUGAUACUACUACACCAAACAUCAACCUAGAAACCUUCAUUUCAGAAUCAAACAAAAUAACUUCUUCAACGAUGCAGGCUACAAAAAGCGAGAUGCUGCAAGAAGAAAUGCACAAACGUGUAAUGGAUGGUAAGAAUUACGAUUUGCUAGAAAAGGAAUUACAUGACAAACUGUUGGAGCCUAAUCAAAGUUCAACUUCAGACUCACAGAAACCUGUUUACUUAGAUCUCAUCCACGAAGACAUGUAUAAACAUUCAAAUGCAAAAUCAAAACCCUCAACACUGUCCACAGCAAUAUCUACAACACCUAAAGGGAAGCAGAUAAACAGAUUACUUCCCUCAGCGCAACCAAAGACCAACAACCAGAAAAAGAAAAAGUUAGGCUUCCUACCCCUUAUGCCUGUAAUGUCAAGCAAGCGUCCAAUGCAGUUAAGCACAACAGAAUCCACUAUUUCAAAUUUACCUUCAAUAUCAAUCUCUACUACCACAACACAAUCUCCAACUACUACAAGUCAACAAACAAAAUCUACAACCACAACCAUUGACAAAUCUUCAUUUUUAUUUAAAAUGCAAGAAUUAAAACUUCAAUUAUUGCAAAAGGAAAUUGAAAAUCUUAAAAUGAAGCUGCUAGAAAUCAAUCAAAGCCCCUGGUCGUCUAGAGUUCAAAUAAAGCAGACCAGAACAUCCUCCUCAAGAUCUUCAACAACAACAACUGAAACCCCAACUACAUCAACAACCACAACUACUGAACCUCCAACAACUACAACUACCACGGAAGCUCCAACUACCACAGAAGCGCCAACAACCACAAGUACCACGGAAGCUCCAACUACAACUGAAGCUACAACAACUACACAGUCGUCAACAACAACAAAAGCACCACCACCAACAACAGAAAUAACAACAACUGAAUCAACAACCACAGAACCACCAACAACAACCACCGGACCAUCAACAACGACUAUACCUACAACAACCACUGAAUCUAUAGCCAUAUUGAUGAGGAAUUUUUUGAAAAUUUUCCGUCCCAUUCUGUACAGACAACUUCAUAUGAGUGCAGAGCAGAAACAGAACACACCUGCUGUCAUACCAAUGACCAUGAUUAGGAGGACGACCAGAUCGCCUACAUCAAGUUCCAUAACAACAACGCCAAAGACACUACCGACAACAAGCACUACAAUCACUACUACACAAGCUACAUCAACGACAACCGAAGCUCCUACAACUACAGUCGCAACAACAACGACCACACGAGUUCCAACAACGUUUAGGACUAAGAUGACGACACCCAAACAAACAACAGUCUCCAAAACUACUCUCUCAGAAAAGAUGCUACUGCAGCAGUUAUUAAUGGAGUUCCAUCCAGACGUUUACAACAAACUUUACAACACGAAAGCAAAGGAUGCUACAGAGACGACAACGACUUACGAGCCUACUACAGACCCUAUCACCGCCGCUACAGGACCUGUCGUGGAACUGACGGAACUAACUGACCCACCUACGUCAAGUACAAGAACAACUACCCUAACUCCAACAACAACUACAACAUCAAUUAAAACAACCAUCAGGACUAGACCUUCGACAACAACAACCUCAUUGAGAACAACACAAACAACAAGAAAACCACUAGUAACACUGGCAGAUAAAAAGAUAACUCUACCCGGAUCAACCACACCCAUAAGCUAUUUUGAAUUCCUUGAGAAGGCAAAGAAUGCUAAUAUACCUAUUCCACCUCAGAUUCAACAAGAAUUGAAAAAUCUUUUUGAAAAAAGCAAAGCAAAAUCUACAACAUCUACAGCUACCCGUUUCACAACAAGAAUACCUAGAAAAAGUCAGGUAAACAUUGUGCCAGUAGAUCCAAUACUGAUUAGAGAUUUUGACAAUCCUUUGCCAGUGAGACGCUGGAGUCCAUCCAUGCAAGAGCGUACAAUACCACCUCGAAUCACUACCACUACUCGUAAAAUAACUACUGCCACGUCUGCAUCACCAACGAGUAAAAAGCCACAGGUAGCAGAAAUCCUAAAGAAAUAUAAGGAGAUGUAUGAGCAUGGGGUGGACAAGCAAAAAAUUGUCCAAGCAAUCUUUAAAAACGUGGAUAUUGACACGCUCGUUGAUAAUAAGGCUCUAUUUAACCAGCUUCUAUCUACAGAAUCUCCACAGGGGCAGGCAAACUACAGUCCCUCCACGAAAAUAGGAUACCCAUAUGAUACUACGCACAAUUAUGGACCCAGCCCUUUAAAGAAUAUCCCUCAUAACCAGGGACAGAAUGUCUUAGAGAACCCAAAUAUGAACGUAGUACUAGCGUAUUCUGAGCGACAAUCGAACCGAGAUAGAGCUCCCGGUCUAAGCGCUUUUGAAAACCAGAUGAUGGGAAUACCAGUGGAUAUUCCAACAACACGACAACCCUUCCGGUUUGCUAACAAUUUAAGAAAAGAAUCACAGGAUCCCGUGGGAUGGGGUGCACCUGUAAACGACGUACAAAUCCGUGAAUAUCGAUAUACUAAUGGUGAUACAUCAAUUAAUAACAUACAAAAGAACCAGCAAGGAUUUGCCCAGGGACAGUACGAGUUUGCUCCGGGAUCUUUUGAUGCAGUAGCCGCGGAAAAUCCAAAUGCAGGCUUUGUAUCGAACAAUAAUGAGGGAUUCGGUAAAAACACCAGGCCCCCCGUCUUGCAGCUGGAAAAUACUGUGGCGUACAGAGAGAGGGGACUAAAUAGCCACAAGCAUGGUCCUCUGGUGGUGGGUCCCAGUGGUUCAUUAAUGGAUUUAGGAAUGGUUAAUAGGCUUCAGAGCGUGGACAAACAGGGGAGUGGAGCUGUAAUUAUGUCUAAAUCUCUGGGAGCAAACUUAGUUCUACAUGCCAAGGACAGUAUUGGUGGCGGAUCUGUCAGUGCUGUUAGUAGUGGAGGCUCUUUAUCACAGAGUCCGCGUAAUAUAGGCCCACAAGACUUCACCAUCAAAAAGCAGGUUGGAUCGCUGUCAAACUCUGGAAUCGCACGAAGCAGCCAAUUAUCAGCGCCAGAAGAAUCACAGAUUGCUGAUCCACGUACAUUCAGAUUGAGGCGCAGUACACGGGGAAUAAAACAUCGCGAGUACAAACCUAGGAGACGGCAAUACAUGUUAGAAAAACAAUACAUUGUGGAUUCCAGUGACAAACUGGUAUGUCUCAUAGGAGAAACACUGGAAUGCAGAGGCACUGGAGAAUUUACAGACAUUAAGGGCAUAAACUGGUUUUGUUUAAGCAUGUGUGAAAGGGACAGGUGCCCCAAAGAUAAGUGUCAGUGUGGUUGUAGGGAUCCAAAAACUGACAUGUGGCGACCCCUACCCAACUAAGUAAGCAAUCAAUUUUCUUCCUACCGGGUCAUUGUAGUACACCUUUUCUGUUUUACUCAUACUUGUACUAUGUUCUGUAUCUGUGUUAUGGAAAUAAAUAAACUGUUUUGUUUUUGAA